UUCUCACAUAAUCCUACCCCAACCAAACCCACACGAUCCAAGUUUUCACCGAUCCUUCCCCAACAAUGGCUGCUUCCUCCAUGAUCUCCUCUCCCACCUUUUCGCCGGCCGCCCAGCUCCGCCCCCUCACCCCGGCAUCUAGCCCCUCCUCCCUUCGCUUCCACGGCCUCCGACCGCUUCCCGCCAGGGCAACCCCAAUCAGCACUACUCAGAAAAGGACCGCGGCGGCGGCGCGUGGAGGAUUGGCCGUUAAGGCCGAGUUGAAUCCGUCGGUGGUGAUCAGCCUGAGCACGGGGCUGUCGCUGUUCUUGGGGAGGUUCGUGUUCUUCAACUUCCAGAGAGAGAACGUGGCGAAGCAGGGCUUGCCGGAGCAGAACGGGAUGACGCACUUUGAGGCCGGAGACACGAGGGCAAAGGAGUACGUGAGCUUGUUGAAGUCCAACGAUCCCGUCGGAUUCAACAUCGUCGACGUCUUGGCUUGGGGCUCCAUCGGCCACAUCAUCGCUUACUACAUCUUGGCUACCACCAGCAACGGCUACGACCCCAAGUUCUUCGGCUGAACCCUAAUUCGUUCCUAUUUACCCUGUCUUUCUUAAUUAUCUCUAGCUGUAUAGUUUCUUCUGUGAUCUAUCAUUUUGUUCCAAAACUAGCUCUAUCAUCAAUGAGAACAAAUGAUUCUCUCUGGA